AUGCCUACAGCAAGUAGGCUGGUUAUAUACUCUACUUGUGCUGUUACUUUGAUAUAUUUGCUUCAUUGUUAUCGAAAAAGACGUAAGCACAGAGCGGCCAACAGUAACAACCCGAUAAAAAUUACUGAAAAUCCUGUAUCUUCGUCACAAUCAGACGCCAGUGGUACUAAGUUUAGCGAGGAAUCUUUUGCUGUUCAAGAUUUAAUUAGUGACAUUGAAUAUAACGAUCCACUUACCAUUCUCACAGCCGCUUUUGUCAAGACAAAAUUUACUAACGAACGUUUAGUAGUCUUGAAAGAACAAAACUUGGAAUUGGAAAGUAUUUCUUUCUUGGAAUCACUACUGCCUGUAGCGUUAACUUUUUCUGACACAGCACCCGGAUUGUUAGCAAUGGCGGCCAGUCAGACAGUAGUUUCUACCUUGAACAAUAGUUCUGUCUCAGGAUCUGAGUCUGAUCGAGCACUGACGCCCGACUCCAAUUGUGAUUUUUGUGGAAUUACCCUUCCACCUGAAGGUUUCAGUGACCCUUCGAAUGACAUUUAUGAAGCUAACCCCGAAGAGUUGGAUGGCAAAAUUUUGCCAAGAGUGCUCAUUCCUAGUGAUAUGUGGGCUCAAGUCGUUGACAGAGAUAUCUGGCACGAAACAUUUUUAAUACCUGCCUACAUGGGUGGCGUUUUGAUUGGGCGGCUAGGAAAGAAUGUUAGAGAGCUGCGAAAUGCAUGGGAGGCCGAAUUCAGUUUAAAUACUUGCCCAGGAAAACAAGACACUCUGAUCUUCAAAUUAUCAUGCCCACUUAGACACAAAAAUGAUGUGCUACGCUGGGUAUCCCAUCGAUUCAGAAUGAGACCCUCCAAAACAACAAUUGGAAACCCAAACCAACUGAAGCGUCAACUUCCUCUAGGUGAACCGGUUCCGGUGCAGAUUCGUAGUCUUUAUGGUUCAAAGGAAUUGUUCGUAACAGUACCUGACGAAGAGUACAGCAACUAUCUAGCUAUGCAGGAAGAGCUUGAAAAAGAUUACUCAACCAACAACAAUUACCGUAUGCAACUUUGUGAACCAGUGACAUCAGGAACAGUUGCUGUAGUUCCACAUAGUCAGGGAUUUGCAAGGGCGCUUAUAAUUAGUGUUUAUCCUACCUGGCCAAAGGUAGCGUUCUACUACUUGCUAGACCAUGGGACAUUCGGUAUUGUGCAGCUAAAUAAAUUAAGAAAAAUCAGGGCUAAAUAUAUGAAGGUUCCUUAUCAAGCAAUUCAUGUUAGCUGGGCUCACGCAUUCCCUGUUUAUUCGGAUAUUCCUGAUUUACACAUACUUCGAACAUUCUUUAAUAGUGGUCGCGUUCAUGCAUUUGCUGUACGUAUGGAGACGUGUUGCCGAGCUUCUGUGGCAUUCGGUGAACCAUAUUCACAACCAUACUCAUCUCAUGGAUUUCUCGAUAUUCUAGUCAAUGCUUGUAACAGUGGACUGUUUAUAGCUGUUCCUCUGCUAAUUUAUCCCAAAAGACAAUCUUGGUUAAAUAGUUCGUCGAUUCCAUAUUAUCCGUUCACAUACAGUUACAUCGAUUAUCAGUCAUUAGUGACUUUUGCUGUUGAGGAAGAUGACCAAGUGACGAUAGAUCAUUCAUCUUCCCAUAAUCAAAAUCCGAGUGAAGAUUAUAUUUGUCCUUCCAAACAUCAGGAUGGCAAUCAAAAAAAGUUCAAUAAGUCAAGCGAUAAUUACUACCGCUCACAGCCUUGUGGCCAGCGUCGUGGACUGAGAGGAUCUGCAACAGUCAGCAAUACUGGGAAUCGUCGACAAAAUCCAUAUGGACCAAAUCGUUUGCAAAAUGGCCCUCUGUUUGCUACCUCUCAGAAAGAAAACCAAUUUACAUCGGUUAGUGAAAAUACUAUUGCAUUAAAAUCCACAUCUAGUGGAAAUGAGCAAUUUGGCAGAAGUCAACUACGAAAACCGUUAUCAAAUCGUAAUAAUAGUGUAAGUAGUUCCAGGACCGUCUCAUCGAAUCCUGGACGAGCGACUACAUUUAGUAGCCACGAGUAA